AAAUGGGGGCAAGCAAACUGGUUGUGGUGGUGUGAACAACAGUAGUUCAGGAGGCGUGACCUCAGCCCAACUGACCCCUCCCCUUUUCAGCGCGUCGAGUGUGGCGACAACUUCAUCAAGUGCCUCGUCGCCUGUAACGUCCAGCAACCCGAUGGUGGAAAAUUUGUUCGGCGUGGGUGCCUUUGGAGCAGCCGGGGGUGGAUCUUUCAACAAAGCAGGCGGGGGCUUAAUGCUGCCCCACCCGGCCAUGAUGCAAGCAGCACAACAGCACCAUACCCACCUCCACCCUCUGCCCUUUCUAGCCAGUGCAGCGGCGGCGAAUGACCUCAUGUUGCCAGCAGCCGCCACUGCCGCCGCUUUCUUGCCCAAACUCAACCCACUCUCACCCACAAAUGAGGAUGGAAGUUCGCACCCCCUAUUUGCGAACAACAUGUGCAAGUGGCCUGGCUGUGAGCGCAUCUGCGAGGACUUCCCCGCCUUCCUCAAACACCUGACGGGUGAACACACUCUGGACGACAAGUGCACGGCACAACUCAGGGUGCAGCAGCAGGUGGUGGCUCAGCUGGAAUCCCAAUUGCACCGAGAGAGGGAAGUUUACAUUGCGAUGACGUCACACCUUCAGAGCAGACAACAGACCUCCCACUCCCUCUCCCACUCUGCUGUAAACAACAAUAACAACAACAAUAAACCACACAACAACAACCACGGUGUGCAGGCCAAUAGCAAUGGGCAAAUCAAACAAGAGCCGAAUUUCCUCUUCGGAACACCACUUGGCAACUUGUUCCUUCAAAAUGGUUUCAUAAACAACAACAAUAACAACAAUAACGCAGCUCUAAUGGCUAGCCUGACAAACAUUGCAAAUGGAGCCGCAAACAUAAACAGCCUCGCCCUAUCUUCGCCACCAUCAAGUGUUCAAAACACAACAAACAACUCUUCAUUUAUCAACUCUGCAUCUGUGAACAACACAACAAUAAACAACUCUGGGAAUAACGACUGUUCUUCUAUUAAGUCAUCAACAUCACCGACGACUUCGGAAAUCUUGACCAGUCUGAUAAAUCGGCAAGUCGCCAUUACGUCUUCGAUGGUCGCAAAUAAUCAAUCUGGAGGUGGGACUCAUCAUGCGCUGUCGGCAUCUGUGCGCGAGGGCGGAAGCGGGUUGACGCCGACAAUGACGGCUCUUGUGACUUCCACUUCGCCCAACGGUCUGGGAGUGGACGUCAAACCGAACUUGUUCCUGGACACUUCGUCCCCACCCACGCCUGUGUCGGGGGGAGGGGGUCCUAUGAAGAGACGGGACAAGUCGAUCUUGCCACUUGCAGCAGAGAUUGAGAGGAACCGCGACUACUACCAGUCGAGUGACGUCAGACCCCCCUUCACUUACGCCUCCCUCAUCCGACAGUCCAUUCUGGACCACCCUGAAAGACAGUUGACCUUGAACGAAAUCUACAACUGGUUCCAGAAGACUUUUGCUUACUUCAGACGCAACGCGGCCACCUGGAAAAAUGCUGUGAGACACAAUCUGAGUCUCCAUAAGUGUUUCAUUAGGAUGGAGAAUAUCAAGGGAUCAGUUUGGACGGUGGACGAAGGGGAGUUCCAACGAAGACGUCUGCAGAGGUUGGGAUCCAAGGUCGAAAUGGGUCAGCAACAGCAUAACGGAGACCAUAAUGGAUCAUCGAUGAACUCUCCUGAAUGCUUUUUGGGAUCAGAACUAACUCCGAAUGCAUUGGCCAAAGAGGAGCCACUGGAAUUCCACUUGAACGAAAACGAGGCACUGAACCUUUCAGUUCGCAACCCCCACUCCGCAACCCAAAGUCCCCCACCCACCAUGGUUAACAGCAGUAUCGGUAACCCCUCCAGUUAUUCUCAUGUCAAUACAUCAUCAUACGCAGUAGCACAGGUGCUUCAACAGCUAGCCAGUGGAGUCUCUUCGUCAACUCAAAAUCAUCUGUUGCGCAACGAGAUGACGUCAUCUAUGACUCAGUCAUCCGAUUAUGCAAUGGACACCUCUGAAGAGUCCGCAGAAAAUACUGUGGAAAAUUCCAACUUGAAACUUCACGAAUCUCUUGCCAACGAAAGCAUUGCUUCGACGACUUAUGCUUCCUCCGCUUCUAGCCAAAACAAUCAAGUUUUCGAUUUCUCUUUUGCCAGCUCAGCUUCCACCGCCUCAGAUGAGCCGGUUUUUAUCUAUCCAAGUAGCGAGCAGAAAAUAAAUGCAGGACUUAUGGACCAAAUUAGAGUUAAUGUCAGUGAAAAUGAGUCGGCGCGUGUCUUUGAUCAUGGAAAUCUGGGAUCUGAUGGAUCUAACGUCGAGGAACAUCGCCGAGAGUCCGGAUCCUCAUCGGGCUCCGAGUCGAGUAACUCUGGAUCUUUCGCGUUGAAGAGUUUUCUCGAAACUCCUGAGUUAAACUCAUUGGAAGUACACGAGGAAGAGGAGGAGGAUGUGUCAUCAGUUAGUCCUCAAAACAACAAUAGAACAACUUCUCCCACAAGCGACAACAACGUCGCGUCAUCCGGCGGUGCUGCAUGUGUCACCGCGACGUCAUCAGCCGGCAACUUUGCAUUGACAUCAUUAAACGAUGCGCCAUCAAUGCAAUAUGUCAAGAGCACUUGCUGAGUUAUAUUUACAAAUUUACAGGACUAUAUUUCAAGAUAGUCCCAGAAAUAUAAUUUGUAUUGAGAGAAAGUAGCAUUCGAAACCGUCUCCAAUAGGACCAAAACUCUGAUGGGACCAAAAAUGUUGCCAAAAACUUAGAUGAUGUGAUUUUUAAAAGUUAAUUGUAAUUUCAUACGUCUCGAUAUCUAUGGUGAAUCAAUUCUGGAAAAUUUGUAACCAUUUGUAUGAAAAACGACUUGUACUAAUUCAUUGACAUCGCUUAUAAGUUGAUAAACUACUGAGACUACCACCGACGCACUAUAAAACCAAGGAUUCUAUAACCAAAACUUUAAAUCAUCUGAUUUAAAUCAUCUUUAGCUCACAUUCAUGUUAUUGCAACAUCUAAAAGUCACUAUUUCAUCGUUGUAAUUCUAGCUUUGACAUUGACCUUUGGUAUUAUAAAUUAGUAUUUAAUUAGUAGAAUUUGUAUCUGAGAUAUAUUUCGUAACUAUUGCGCAAUAACACUAUUUGUAAUUACGUAAUAAUGAAAGCCAUUCAUUCCUUAUAUAUGGGUACUGCUGCUCCAAUGAAGUUGCUCCCUUGUUUAAAGUUCUUCCUUAUUUGUUAGAGUUGGGUUUGUUUUAUCAGAAAUUUAUUCUAUUUUGUUCAA